UAAAAUCAAUCCCAAGUCGAAUCACUUGACACCUAUAAAGAACUAAAAAGCAAAAGACAAAUCUACACACAAAAAUGAAACUAUUAUAAUUUUCUGUCUUCUUUUCCAAAAUCUUCUACAAAGAUGAGUUGGUGGGUCAAGUUACUGUCGAUUCUCUGUCAAAUGUAUUAUCUAUCUUCUCUCUCACACCAACACACUCACAACGACAAGAGAGAAAGAUAUAGAAAAUAGUAAAGAGAUAGAGAGAGAGAGAGUCACCAAAUAGACCAAACCUGAAGUUAAAUUCACACCAGCUACUUUGGUCAUUAACCACAUCCAGAAACACACACACACACACACAAACACUCUCUCUCUUCUCUCUUUCCUUAAGGUUCAGCUUCUUUCAAUGGCGAAACCAAACAUACAUGACUUUGCCUCCAAGAGACAUAACAGCGUCCACUGGACAACAAAAGUCGGAUCAGACGAAAACGUUGCUUCCCAUAACCCUCUUCCCGACAAGAACACUAAACCCUCUACUGUAAUAACUCCCAAAAGAAAGCUCCAAACGUUCGCCGUCUCUCGCCUCCGUUCAGUCAUCUCCUCUCUCAGCAGAGUCCGACCCGGUAACAACAACUCCGGACUCGGAGCCCGGGUCGUGGGCACCCUUUUCGGAUCACGCCGGGGGCACGUGCACUUCUCCGUCCAGAAAGACCCGACUUCCCCGCCAGCGUUUCUCAUCGAACUCGCUACUCCGAUCAGCGGACUAGUCAAGGAGAUGGCUUCGGGGCUCGUGAGGAUCGCUCUGGAAUGCGACAAGGCCAGAGAGGAAGCAAAAGAAGAAACCGGAAACCGCCGUGGACGGCGGUUGGUGGAGGAGCCGGCGUGGAGGACUUACUGCAACGGGAAGAAGUGCGGGUUCGCGGGGAGGAGAGAGUGCGGUGAGAAGGAGAAGAAAGUUCUGAAGGCGCUCAAGAUGGUCUCCAUGGGCGCCGGAGUUUUACCAGAGACGGAGGAGACAUCCGCCGGUGGAGGAGGAGGAGAGAUAAUGUAUAUGAGAGCCAAGUUCGAGAGGAUCGUCGGCUCACGUGAUUCCGAAGCUUUCUAUAUGAUGAAUCCUGAUAGCAAUGGAGCGCCGGAGCUCAGCAUCUAUCUACUCAGAAUUUGAGGAGGAAUAUGAUCAUACCGAACCUUCUACUUGGGUAAGAGGUUUAUCGGUUAAGACAGAUUUUCCGGUUUAGUUACUUUGAAUUGUCGGUUAAGUGAAAAUUAAAGUAGAGAUGUCUCUAUUGUUGCAAUUCGGUUUAGAUGAGAAUGUGAUCGAUGGAUGGAUGAUGUGCUAGAGCAUGUUUUUUUCUUUUGGGAGGUAGGUUUAGGAGGUUUUAA